UAUCUGUUAGUAUUUGGAAGCGUUCAUUACUGAAAAAUGUUAUCGAAAACCACCUUCACGUCCUUGCUGCUCUGCGCCUUAUUCAUCAAUAACGGUAUACAAAGUGUCAGCGCUAGACCUUUUUUACAACAAAGAUUUCAAUUUAUUAUUGACACAGCAACAGAUUCAAUAAAAAAUAUAAUAGAUUCAGUUCAUGAAACUGUAAAGGAUAAAGCCUCAACUAUGGUAUCUAAUAUAGCAACACAAGUGGCCACUGAACUUUUGCCUCAAAAGUGUAAAGAUGACGGCAAUUGUGAUCAGUCUUUUCUUGGAUCCAUCAUCAGCAAAACUGCUAUAAAUCUUAUUACUGAAAGGUUAAAGGCAGCGCCUGAGCCAAUAACAACUAGUGAAUCAACAACGGAUGCAACAACAACUGACGUACCAACAACUGAUGUACCAGCAACUGAGGAUUAAGCAAUUAUCCAGAAAAAAAUAUUUUUUUCAAUAUAAUAAGUAAAAUAUGAGUGUUUUCACAGAAAAAAAAAUUAAUUAAAUAAAAUUUUCUAACUACAAGUCUUCAAAUUUGUGUCAGAGAUAUUUGUGAGAAGGUUACAAACAUCUCCGACCCAAGUCGUUAGAAGCUUGUAUCAGUACGUGCGAAAACAAUA